AUGAACCUGGUUUCGUCUGACUGGAAGUACCAUAUUGAGCUUAUCCAAGACCUGACGCGAGAACACAGGCCGACCCCAACCAAUCUAAUCGUCUGCAUCUCACGCGAGGACUUCCUCCACCAUCUCGCUCUCCAAGUCCAGCACCACUCGGCAGAUGCCACAAGUUCCCAGGCAGAGCCUCAUCCAGGGGCCGGCAAGGGUCUGCCGGAGUCCCAGCCACAUGCUCACCACUUUCUGACACCGACAUUGCGUUUAUUUGCGGCUAGCAAACACGUCAAGCUGAUUUACUGCCCAACUAUCCUAGUGCUGCGAGGAUACUUGUCGAGUUACAAUGCGGACUCUGUGCCACAAUCGGUACCGGCCUCCCGCCUGAUCAUCGUCGAUCUGCUGGCGCUUCAUCACGGCACGUCCGAAUUCACCCUGCAGGGCCUUUCACGGUCUCUAGCCACGGCUGUGUCGGCAGCACACGCUGCUGGACAGGAGCUCCUACUUACCGAGUGUAGAGACAUUCGAGACCAAUCCCAUCCGGAUCGGGGGUCGCGUCUCUGGGACAGGCAAGUGCCCUUGUUGAGUGGCUCUGUCAAAAUCGGUCUAGAGGGCUCAAGAUGGGCCGGUCGAUCCAUGACCAUUAAAGCUAUUGCGUCAAGGUGGUUCACAUUCGCAGGGGUUCGAGCGCAAGUUCGCACACAGCAAGAUGAAGACGAGAUGCUCAUUUAA